GUGUAUAUAUAUAUGGGUAAAUGGGGAAGAACAGUGGCAAUGAUGACGAUGAUGAUGAUGAUAAUAGAUGGGGAAUCAUUCGUACCGUUUUGCGAAUACACGUACGAGUAUUUUCCACCGUGCCUGCAUUUCCUGACGGGGAUAUACCACAAGCCCAGCCGAAGGUGCUGUGCCCACAUCGACAAGCUUAACAGGAUCGCCAGACACAGAAAGGAGAACCCGAGGCUUCUCUGCCAAUGCGUCCAGCUGAUCACAAAAGGGAAGCAGCCUUCCAUGCUGUCCGAUCGGAUUCAAGAUCUCCCUUCCCUCUGCAACACCCGCCUCAGCUUCCCUAUCUCCUCCAGCAUGGAUUGCUCCACGGUCCAAGAUGGAGAUUGAAGGUUAUUACAAAUAAAAUCGAUUAAAAGAUUGGAUCCUUUGUUUCACAAAUUAUGAUUAUACAUAUGUGUG